AUGACGCUGUUGCUGCUCUCGCUACUGGGGCUCCUGCUGUCCUGGGAGGAAGGCCAGGCCCUGGUUCCUCCCAAUGAAUUGCAACAAAUGUCUGUAGCCGGGAGCAAAUACAUAGACACCGAGAUCGAGAAUGCCAUCAAUGGGGUGAAGCAGAUGAAAAGCCUCAUGGACAAAACCAGCAAAGACCACCAGGAGAUCCUGACCACGCUGGAGGAGACCAAGCAGAAGAAAGAGCAAGCUAUGCAACUAGCCAAGGAAACAGAGAAGAAGCUGACCGAGAAGCCGGAUGUGUGCAAUGAGACCAUGCUGGCCCUGUGGGAGGAAUGCAAGCCUUGCCUGAAGCAGACCUGCAUGAGGUUCUAUUCCAGGACGUGCAGGAGCGGCUCGGGCCUGGUUGGCCGGCAGCUGGAGGAGUUCCUGAACCACUCCUCUCCCGUCUCCAUCUGGAUGAACGGCGAGCGCAUUGACUCCCUGCUGGAGGAGGACCAGCAGCAGGGCCGCUGGCUGGAGGACCUGGAGGAGCGCUACAGCCUAGUGGAGGACAGCGUGGAAGACCUGUUCCAGGAGAGCACGCGGGCCUACGGCCGCAUGGCCCCAUUCUUCCGCUUGCCCUCCGCAGGGGGCUCCCGCAGGGCCAUGCACGCCCCCUUCCGCUUCCGUUUCCCCUACUCAAACGCCAGGGUGGUCCGGGACACGCACCCCUUCUUCUCCCCACCCCGGCACCAUGGCUUCCACCACCUCUUUGGGCCGCUCUUCGAGAUGACCCAGCGCAUGUUCGAGGGAGCCCAGAAGGCCAUGGAGCAGGAUGGCCAGUGGUUCGAAGGCAGCCAGGACCCCCUGCUGGGAGGGUCCACCACAGAGACUCGCAACUCCAGCGACGACCGCAUGGUGUGCCGGGAAAUCCGCCGCAAUUCUGCUGGCUGCCUGAAGAUGAAGGAUAAGUGUGAAAAAUGCCAGGAAAUUCUGUCUGUAGACUGCUCCCAGACGGACCCGGCCCAGAGCCAGCUGCGGGAGCAGUUCGAGGACGCCCUGCGCCUGGCGGAGCGCUUCACCCGCAAGUAUGACGAGCUGCUGAGGACCUUCCAGGAGGAGAUGCUCAACACCUCCAGCCUCCUGGACCAGCUCAACAAGCAGUUCGGCUGGGUGUCCCGCCUGGCCAACCUCACCCAGAACGGCGACGGCAUGCUGCAGGUCACCACGGUGCUUUCCAAGACCCCCAGCCGCAAGGACUCCUCCAGACCUUCUGACACCCAGGUGACCGUGCAGCUCUUCGACUCAGAUCCACUGGCCCUGACCGUGCCAGGCGAGAUCCCCUGGGAUGACCCCAAGUUCAUGGAGGUGGUGGCGGAUGAGGCUCUGAAGCGCUACAAGCAGAAUACCAUGUGA